UACUUCUGCACACACCAAGAACACCAAGGCGGUAAAUAAUAUAUAUACACAACACUAACACACGAACGAAUGCGUUCGCAGUGUUAAACUGUUAAAUUACAUUAAAAUUUAAGUGUUUAUUUUCAAGCAAAAACUUUCGACAUAAAAAUGAAAAAUUAAAUUUAAAAUAUACAUAUUUAAUAAACUGAAAAAUAGAAAAAAUUUGAUGUUAAUGGAAUCGAAAUCGAAUGUGGUCUUAUAACCGUAAAACUCACCGCUUACUGUCAAAACAUAACCAUCAAAUUCAAAUAAUUCAUAAAGACGCAAAUUAUAAUCGAACAAAAUAACAAAAUGUUCAAACCAACGUUUACUCAACCUGCCCCAAAUACAUCGUUUGGGUUUGCUGGAGCAUCAACAUCGACACCGUUUGGACAAUCGAGUUUCGGUAAGAUGACAAACACAUCGGGAUUUGGAUCAACUGCGUUUGGGGCACCUUCUACCCCCAUGUUUGGUGGUCAAAAUCAAACACAAACUGGCUUAUUUGCGUCAACAACACCUGGACAAGCUUUUGGACAACCCGCUCAACCUCAAUCUGGUUUUGCAUUUGGAUCGCCAAACUCAACAACCAAUUUAUUUAACCAACCCCAACAACCAUCAUCAAGUGGUCUUUUUGGAUCAGCUGCGAACUCAACAUUCGGACAAAAAGCGCCAUUCUCAACAUUUGGAUCACCACCGUCGUCAGGUAUAUUUGGAUCAGCCCAAUCAACUGCGCCACAAGCACAAGCAACCCCAUUAUUUGGACAAACUGCCACCCAAAAUACAGGAUUAUUUGGAGGCACAUCAGCGUUCUCAUCGAAUCAAGCGAAUCAACAAACUGGUACUGUUAUCAAAUUUAAUCCGGUCACUGGAACGGACACAAUGAUGAAAAAUCGUCAAACACAUCAGAUCCAAACACGUCAUCACUGUAUUACAUUCAUGAAAGAAUAUGAAACUAAAUCGUUGGAAGAAUUACGAUACGAAGAUUAUUUGGUAAAUCGAAAAGGGCCACAACAAAAUACUGGAAGCACUGGUUUAUUUGGGCAAAUGUCAACGACAACAAACGUAGGAGGUACAGGGUUAUUUGGUGCAACUCCAUCGGUUUCACAAGGUGGUUUUGGACAAACAUCUUCAGUGUUUGGAUCACCACAAAAUACAAAUUUAUUUGGACAAAAACCAGCAUUUGGUGGACCAACAGUUGCAUCAACUGCAUCACCAUUUUCAUUUAAUCCACAACCAACAGCUACAGUUACACCAUUUGGUAACACACAAGCGAAACCGUUUGGAGCACCUGCCCAAAAUACCGGUUUAUUUUCAACGCCAUCCACUCAACCUACGAACACAUUUGGUGCAACAAAUACCUUUGGAAAUUUUGGUGCAGCCACAAGCACAACAAGUUUUGGAUUAAAUCAGAAUAAACCAAGUACAGGAACGUUUACAUUAAAUCCUCCCAAUUCAACAGGAUUUAAUACAUUUGGACAGCAACAAACAACAUUGUUUGGUGGCAACAAAACUACUCCGAACGUUUUCGGUCAAACAAGCGGUGGUUUUGGGCAACCAACAACGUCUCAACCCACAUUUGGUGGUUUUGGAGCAACUCAACCUCAAACAAAUUCAUUAUUUAAUAAUUCAAGUUUCAAUAAACCAACGACAGGGGGUUUUGGAACGGUGCAACCACAAUCGAAUGUAUUUAUGGGUGGAAUGAACUUAAAUCAACCCCAACAACAAUCAGCAACCAAUUUAUUUGGUCAGAAAACAACGAAUAGUAUAUUUGGACAGCCAACGGCACCUCAACAAAGCAUGCCAUUUACUGGAUUUGGACAACAGAAUGUUUCAGGAGGAAUGUUAGGAUUCGGGGUCUCGUUAUUGGGACAAAAUCAACAACAAUCAUCAUUGUUUCCCGCUUUGAAUGGUUUAAAUGUACAUGAUCAGAUUUUAACAAUUACAAAACCGUAUCAAAGUAUUGACUGUCUCAAAAGAAUUUCCCCAAAUAAAAAUGGCGUAAGCGUAACUAACACAACGAAUCCAAUAAACAUACAAUCCGUGACCGAUGAUAGUUUAAAAUUUUCAUCAAAACAAUUACAAAUUCCGAUUAAAAUGCGUUCGUUACCAUCCAAUUCUGAUAUGAGGACAUUAUUCGAAGGUAUAGAAUCCACGGAUACAUUAGCCGAUGAUAAUUUAUUUACAGCAAAUCCUCGAAAUGCACGUCGAUUAUAUAUCCAAAAAGAUUCACAUAUUGAUGAUGCACCUCGUCUAGAGACUUCACCUAGUCUAGCGAGUGGUAGCGAAAUCUCACUCGAAAGUGGUUUUGAAACGAGCAGCGAAAUAAGCAGCAUCGGUGGAACUGAAGAUUUAGAUCGAAGAAAUGAUGAAAUUCUCGCCACAAAUGGUUUAGAUCGGGCAGAAAUGGAAAUUCGUCAGCGGCAUACAGUACCGCCAAUACAACAAACCUCACCCAAAUUUGGAUCACACCAAUCUGAACAAUCCAUGUUGACAUCCACAAAAAUUGUACCUGAAAAAAAUAGUAAGAUUUUGGAAUUAUCUCGAGAUGAUUUAAAUACAUACACUGCUUCCAUUCAUUCUGAGAAUGAAGUAGCGAAUUCAAGUAAUCCCACAGGAAUAAUCUGCACGCGUCCUGGAUAUUACACAAUACCGUCCUUGGAGGAGUUAGCUAAAAAUAUGACACCAGAUGGAAGAUGUAUUGUUCAAGGAUUUACAAUUGGGCGACGCAGUUAUGGAAACGUAUUUUUCCCAGAUACAUUCGAUGUUGCGGGAAUAAACAUCGAUGAACAUGUCCAUUUUCGCACGAAGGAACUGGUGAUUUAUGUAAAUGAUGAAAAUAAACCACCAUUAGGACAUGAAUUGAACAGACAUGCGCAAAUAACAUUAGAUCAAGUUUAUCCACGUGAUAAAGAAACCAUGCAACCAAUUACUGACGUGGAUCGAUUAGUUCAAAUGAAUUAUGAAGAUAUUUUACGGGCUUCGUGUGAACGUCAUGGUACUACUUUUGUAGAUUAUCGACCAGAAACAGGCUCAUGGGUAUUUGAAGUCGAACAUUUUACCCGAUAUGGAAUAUCCGACGAAGAAGAUGGUAUUAUUCCUAAAGAUAAUUCAAAUAUAAUACGACAAGAAAGGACACAAAUCGAAAAACCGUUGGAGAAAGUAUUUUCUUCCAAAUCAAAAAUAUUGGAGCAAAUUUUUCCACCAUUGAAUCCAAUGAAUAUUAUUUGUGAGAAUGAAAUCGAAUCGAUGGAUGAUCGAGAUAGCAGUAUGGAAGAAAUUGCAUCCGAUGAUGAUAUCAUGGAAAUGGUUAACGAACCACUUGAUGAUGAAUCCAGUGAAAAUUUAAAUGGUUAUCGAGAUUCUUCGACUUCGGGAAUCUUUGUUAGUCCUCGCAUGCAAAGCAUGAAACAAACAUUUUUCAAUGAUGAUAAUCGAUCUGAUGCCAGUUCUCAAGCAAGUGGUCGAAUUUUAACAACAAGCUCCUACGUCGACUUUCUAACCGAGGAACAAAUUUACGUUAACGAAAUCUUUACAAAAGCGUAUCAAGAUUCAAAUAUCGAACUCGAAUCCGCUGAGCAAUUACAACAAGUUUUAGAGAAAUCGGUGCAAACGUAUAAAUCACCGGUUAUUUUUAAACAAUCUGAACCAGUUGAACCAUUUCAGGUAACCAACUAUUCGAAAUUAGUUUAUGAUAGUGUUGAUACUUCUCCAGAAUGUCUUUCGGAUGCAGAAAAAAGUUUACUUGAUGAUACUCCGGAUAUUGGGAAUAUGGAUAAACAGGAGUAUGAGGAAUUGUUUGGGGAUACUAAAAUAAUAACAGAUAUGUCAAUUGCUUUGGGUAUGAAUUGCCGUACAUCGUUUGGGAAAGGUGAUCACUUUUUCGUAUUAAAUAAAUUUCAAAAUAGUUUUGUUUUCGAGGAAGAGGGUGCAAAUAAUGGACUUGGUCUUCAAUUAUUACAUUUAACUUUCAAAAAUGAAAGUUACCCGGAUGUCGAUCUAUUUAAAAGUCACAUCCAGGAACAUUUAAAUAUACAAUUAGCGCAUGGUGAUAUCGAACCGGAUCAAGGCUUUCCCUAUGCAUUCCCUCUACAAGGACCUAAAGCUUUACAUCAACACUCCGAAAUAGCACAAAAACACUACAAAAAUGUUGAUAAAAAAGACAGUAAAAAUUUUAUUGUCGGUUAUACAGCUCAUUUGUGGAAAUUAUUUGAAGCAUUAUGGGGCGAAGUACUUGAAUUAGAAUCCGAGGCACCUGAUGAUCAUUUAACAACUUCCAUACGACGGUCUUGUCUUUCGACAUGGCUCGAAUCAUACAUGGAAGAAGAAUUACGGUCAAAGGAAACAAACAAUCCACAAAAUUUAACCAUGUACGAUUAUAUAUGUGCUCAUAAAUUAUUGGAAGCCUCAAACUUCGCUUUGGAACAGAAUAAUCUAAGUUUGUCAUUGUUGUUGGUGCAAAUGAGUUCGAACGGUUGUUUGCGAAAAUUUAUUAAAGAACAGCUAAAAGCCUGGCAAUUGGUCAAAGUAAAUAAAUAUAUUGGCAAGGAUAUACAAAAAAUUUAUUCACUUCUUGGGGGGAUUGCUGUUACCAAAAAUGAAACUUGGGGUAUUAUCAAUGUUUGCGAGAAUUUAAAUUGGCUUCAAUCGUAUGCACUUCAUUUAUGGUAUUUAACGCCAUCACAAUUAACGAUAACAGAUAUAACAAAUGAAUAUCAGAAUUCAUUUAUAGAUGAAAAUUAUGCAGCUUCGCCCAAACCAUUAUAUACACGGCAUAAAAGAAUUCAAUCAAAUGUUCCAAUCUACGAUUUAUAUUAUCAUUUGUUACGACUUUACAGCGAUAGUGCUUAUCCAAUGGAAAAAUUAUUAAAUCCAGCCAACUAUACACCAGAUCCAACCGAUUACAGUCUAAGUUGGUUUACAUUAGAAAAUUUAAAAGCAUUAGGAUAUGUACAUUUACGUGAAGAUGCCGAAGAUAAAAUUCACGAACGUUUUGCAUCGCAAUUAGAACGUGUUGGUCUUUGGGAAUGGGCAAUAUUUAUUUUGCUUCAUAUCAAAAAUACAGCGGAACGUCGUAAAAUGAUUGUAAAUGUUAUCAAUCGUAAUAUAUCGAUCGAUAAAGACGAUAUCGUUUAUAUCGAAAAAGAACAGUUUGUUGUACGUGAGUUAUACGUUCCACCUAAAUAUUUCUCACACGCUAAAGGUUUCAAAGCAAUGUCCGAUGGACAAUAUAAUGCGGCCUUAACUCAUUUUAUUGCUGCAAAUGAUGGAGAGAUGGCUGUUCAAGUAUUUUGGGACCAUGUGGGGCCUAAAGAAAUGACCAAUAAAAAUUACAAAUAUUUACGACGAAUAACACAAUACAUGAUAAUGGGCGGCUACAACGAAGAUUUACAUUUAAUUAUUUAUUAUUUCAUACAAGAAAUCGAUCGAAUCAUGCAAAAAAUCAAAACUGGUAACGUGACCUACAUACGCGAUUAUUUGGAUCGCAUCACCCAACAAUUACCAGCGAUAUGCAACAAAAUCAUUGUAACACAAACACGAACGUGCGAACAGGUUUUAAUGAUCGCGGAAAUCUGUAAAAAUAUCAUCAAUUUAGUGAAAAUUGUUAUUGAAAAUGUAAAAGGUAAUGAUAUUUCACCUUUAUCUACAGUCGCAUUACUUGCAUCUAAAUUACCUUUGCCCCCAGAUUAUAUCCUAGAAGAAAUUCAUGAUGUUAUCUAUUUUUAUGUAGAGAAACAUGUCAAGGAAUCUAUUACUACCAAUGACCAACCUGUUCACGAUCUACCUUCGGUCCUGUCUCUUGAAUGACGUCCACACACCACCUCCUCAAAUUCCAACAUCCCACAACGUGUGUCUUUGUCAACGACUAUCUCCGUUUUAGCCCAGUUGUUCCAAUUAAUUAUGUCCGUUGUUCGUGCCGAACGAGACUUUCCACUCUAGAUCAAGAGAUAUAAAAAAGUCAAAAGUCCCACAGAGUGGCCCCGAGCGGUUUAGAAAACUUUCCAAAUUUAGAUAAGUUAACGAAUUAACGAACAGACGGUCAAAAAAAUAUGCAGACCAAUUAUUAUUGUUACGGCUGCGUAAAAUCAAGAGUCUUUUUUAGACAUUCUUGCAUGUAUGAAUUAUGAGAUUCCGAGUAUUGGACUCUGAAUCGAUUGUUGUUUUUGAUUUGAAAUGAGAAUAUAAGGUUAAAUACAGUUUUUAUUAUGAUAAAGGAAUUUUAUUUGACUUGAAUUAAUUGAAUUGUGGCGUGCCACUCUGUUUUCCAGAUUCUUUUGAUAUAUAUUUUUAUAUUUCUGACCUAGAAUGAGCUACAGCGCAUAUUUUAAGAUAUCUUUCAUUUCACAUGAACAAACAUUACUGUAAUUAUGUGAAUGCGAUUUAAAAUCAGAAAAUCGCAGGAUGUUACGAAGGUCGAAGGUGGAAGCUAGUGCCGAUUAACGAUUGAAAUGUUUGUUGAUGAUAAGAAAUGAACAAGAUAUUUGUGAUUUCAAUUUUUAUAAAAUUAUUAAAUCAUGUUUUUCCGAUACCAAUGUAAUUUUAUAAGUUUUUUUUUUUGGUUUUUAAAACCUGAAUAUGUAUAAAAAUUUUCUUAAAAUGAACUUUGUUUCUAGUUUCGUCUUUGUGUUGAAUGUUUUAGCGAAAAAGUUUUUUC